AUCUUCCAGGACUUUCCACGAGCGUCCCAUCAACCCUUGCGGCUUCCGGCUUCUCUCUCCUUUGGUGACGCCUGGCUGCGUUCUUGUGGCACUUCGCUAGUCGUUACUAUGCCAGCUCUUAGGCCUCUCAUCAAACCUAAUAUUGUCAAAAAGAGGACCAAGAAGUUCAUUCGUCAUCAAUCCGAUCGCUAUGUCAAAAUCAAGCGUAACUGGCGCAAGCCAAGAGGUAUUGACAACAGAGUUCGCAGAAGAUUUAAAGGCCAAAUCUUGAUGCCCAACAUUGGUUAUGGUAGCAAUAAGAAGACAAAGCACAUGCUGCCAUCAGGAUUCCGAAAAUUUCUUGUCCACAAUGUCAAAGAGCUGGAGGUGUUAAUGAUGAGCAACAAGUCAUACUGCGCAGAAAUUGCUCAUAAUGUUUCAUCCAAGAAUCGGAAGAUAAUUGUGGAGAGAGCAGCACAGCUUGCUAUCAAAGUUACCAAUCCAAAUGCCAGACUGCGCAGUGAAGAAAAUGAAUAGUUGGUCUUGUACAACUAUAUUUAAUAAAGGAUGCAUAUUGUUGGGAAA